AUGGAGGGUGCUAUGAAUAACCAUAUAACCCAAAUGUUCAGGGAAGAGGUUGCAAUUAACGUGCAACGGGAAUUUGAGAAACGUGAUGUCAAGGAUAAAGGAAAGAAGAAUGAGGAGAAGGAUGUGGAGGAGCAAUUUUAUUUGAAGUUGAGGAAGAAUCUUUGGGAGAAGAUCAGCUUGCGUCAAAUGGAAUCUUUCUCCAUGUUGGCGGAUGUGGCCCGGGAUCAUGAAAUUAAGAUGUCAAAGGUUGAUGAAGGUGUGUUGAAAAGAAGGUAUGAAGAUGUGAAUUCUCCAAACAAGCGGCCUAGACAAGGGGGUAGUUUCGGGAACCACUCAAAUAGAAGAAAUGUUCCUUUUUGUCGCCAAUGCAAGAAAAAUCAUUCGGGGGUAUGCAGGGCGGCGGAUAAGGGCUGUUAUACUUGUGGGAAGCCGGGGCACACUAGUCGGGAAUGUAGGUCUAAACCUCAAAAACCCCUUAUAUGCUUCAAGUGCUUUGAGGAGGGUCAUAUGAGAAGCUCAUGCCCUAAGUUGACCGAGGAGGAGAGGCUAGAAAAGAGAAGGAGGGAGGCGGAGAGGAAGAACGCCCAAGUUCAUGGAAACCCAUGUGGAAGAUCUUUUCAACUCACGGUGGAGCAAGCAAGAGACUCGGAUGAUGUUGUCAUAGAAAAUACUUUGCAAGUUGAGGUUGGUAAUGGUAGGAUGGAAUUAGUGAAGGAUGUGUAUAAAGGGUGUGAAAUCAAAAUCUCUUCGGAACUCUUCCAAGCUAAUCUAAUUCCUUUUCCAAUGGGAGAGUUUGACAUAAUCUUAGGUAUGGAUUGGUUGAGCUCUUGUAACUCCAAGAUCGCGUGUGAUGAAAAAGCGGUGUAUUUGAAGACUUCUAAGGGCGAAGACUUGGUGGUUUACGGUGAUAGGAAAGAACGUUCUAUAUCCGUGUGUACUUUUGCUCGUGACAAACGCUACAUAUCUCAUGGAUGUCAUGCUUAUCUUGCUCACAUCGUUGAUGUUGAGAAGCAAUCCCUAUCUAUCGAAGACAUCCCUAUUGUUAAUGAAUUCGCCGACGUUUUUCCUGAAGACUUGUCAGGCAUUCCUCCCGAAUGA